AGCCCCGAGCCUCAGCCCUCCGCCCCCGGUCAUCCCCACAGCAGCCCGGAGCCAGGAGGGGCUUGGGGACCCGGGGCGCCCACGCCAUCCCCAGACCCUAAUAGAGCCACGGGACAUUACCCAGGGGAAGGGGGCGCCCCGAGAACGUGUGGGCGGAGGGGCCAGGGGCGUCCGGAGGGCAGUGACCCAGGCACCCGGAGCGGCCCUAGGGCCAGGUCCUCGGCGGCCGCGGCGAAGCAGGCGGUGGCGGACACAUAAGCGCAGCUCCGGGGCCCCACGCGGCAGUCGGCGGCGACAGCGACAGUGGCAAAGGAGCGCGCGAGUGGGCGCCGGAGGGGACCUGGAGAGCGCCUAGCCCGAAGCGCGCCUCUUGGAACCGCGCGUGGGUGCCGGCCACGCAGGGCGCCAGACCUCUGCCGUUUGAACGAGAGCUCACGCUUGCAAUUGAUUGGGCCCCGCCAGGAGGGCGCGUGUGUCCCGGGGAGCGGGUGCGGAAGGCAGAGGGCAGGAAGUCGGCGUUGUACAGCAAGGGUGGCGCGACCGCGCAGGGACCGAGCCUUCCUUAUUUAUGUGCCUGCCAGCGCUCAUCUGCUUCCUCCGAAGACUUCAGGGAGAGUGUCUGAGCUACCAUCCCCAAGUGUGAGGACGCAGGGCUGGAUGUCAGAACAACAUGCUUAUCCAUUAAACUGCAAACUUUUCUUUUUUUAAACCCAAAGAAUAUCGGUGGCUUUUGCCCACUGCUAGAAAAGGGAGCCUAGGGCUCUUGAGAUGCAGCAGAAUCCGUAUUUAUAACCAGGCCCGGUAGUGCUAUGCAAGCCCCCUCCACUCAGUAAGUUCUCUAUCCUAUGGAUCUUGCUUUUGAGCUUUGAGAUUAGAUUGCGCACUCUACACUGGGUUCUGCAACCUCCAUCCUUUCAAUGCCCUGUUAUUUUUGGGACUGCUGGCCUUCCCUGGAGAUUAGAGCGGUCCUGUGUGCCAUGGGCUGUAUUCAGAGCAUCGGAGGCAAAGCCAGAGUCUUCCGGGAAGGGAUUACGGUGAUUGAUGUGAAAGCCUCCAUCGACCCCAUCCCCACCAGCAUCGACGAGUCCUCCAGCGUGGUACUGCGCUACCGGACACCCCAUUUCCGGGCCUCAGCCCAAGUGGUCAUGCCGCCCAUCCCCAAGAAGGAGACCUGGAUCGUUGGCUGGAUUCAGGCAUGCAGCCACAUGGAGUUUUACAACCAGUACGGGGAGCAGGGCAUGUCUAGCUGGGAGCUCCCCGAUCUUCAGGAGGGCAAAAUUGAGGCCAUCAGUGACUCGGAUGGGGUGAACUACCCCUGGUAUGGCAAUACCACCGAGACCUGCACGAUCGUGGGCCCCACCAAGAGAGACUCCAAGUUCGUCAUCAGCAUGAAUGAUAACUUUUACCCCAGCGUCACGUGGGCCGUGCCCGUCAGUGAGAGCAACGUGGCCAAACUGACCAACAUCUACCGGGACCAGAGCUUCACCACGUGGCUGGUGGCCACCAACACCUCGACCAAUGACAUGAUCAUCCUGCAGACUCUGCACUGGCGCAUGCAGCUCAGCAUCGAGGUGAAUCCCAACCGGCCCCUGGGCCAGCGUGCCAGGCUGCGGGAGCCCAUUGCCCAGGACCAGCCUAAAAUCCUGAGCAAGAAUGAGCCCAUCCCUCCCAGCGCCCUGGUCAAGCCCAAUGCCAAUGAUGCUCAGGUCCUCAUGUGGCGGCCCAAGUACGGGCAACCGCUGGUGGUGAUCCCGCCCAAGCACCGGUAACAGCCAGGCCGCUGCGAGGUGAGACUCACGGAACAAUAUUACUGCUCAGAAGGAAACCCAGAUGCCCUCUCCGGUCAUUCAGAAAAAUACAACCAUUCUACCUUC